AUUAUCCUCACACGCCUAUUACUACAUUUAUACUUACAAACUUAUUUUUAUUACACAUUUACCACUUACUCAUCAUACCAUGCAUACACGUGUUCUAUCCCCAUGCAUCAUCAAUCAAAUCAUACUCUCUUCCCUCUCUUUUUUCAUUUUGUUUUCAUUUCAUUUUCUAUUCUUCAUUUCUGUUCUCUAAGUUCAUUUUGAAUUCAAGUAACCUCCAUUAACCACCCAUAAUUUAUCACGUUUUUCCCUCUUAUUUUUGGUUCAUCCACGAAUUUUCAACUUCCUCUUAGCCCACGAUUUAGCAACUGUUUUUCCCUCUCUGUUUCAUUUUUUUUCAAUCUUAUUUAUACCAUGGCAAUCACUCGGUCAUCUUCAUCCCCUUCUCCAGUUCUCAAAAAGAAAUCAAAAAUGGGCAAGAAAUCUUUGGCCAACAAAUCCAAGGGUAAACGCCCAAUCAUUGAUGAUUUUGAUUCUGAUUUUGAAGCUCCCAUGCCGAAGCGUGUGAAACCCACUUCUUCGAAGAAAUCGAAGCUGAACUUGGAGGAGUCCUCGCUUCCAGAAAUUUCUGGGAAAAAAUUCCAAAAAUCUAUUACACAUUCUGCAGAUCGGACUGAGGUUUGGGACUGUAAAUUUAGUCCUUCUGAUUUUUACAGAUCUAAGUGUGUGUGCACCAGUGUGUAUUCUGUGAUAAAUAAUAUUAAAAACACUUUAUCUGUUAAUUUGCUUUCUUUGUUUCGUCAAACUCAGUUUGGGCAUUUUCUGGAUAUGCCUGAGUUUGUUUUUCACCCACAAGUCGUUCAUAGUUUACUACUAAGGGAAGUUUUACAGCCUAAUCCUAAGGAGUUUUGGGCUAAGGUUGCUGGCCGUUGCAUACGGUUUAGUGCCGAAGAAUUUUACCUUAUUUCUGGUUUAGAUUGUUUCGGUGAUUGCAACAAGUUGUUGUUUUCACAGGAAACAAAUCAAUUGGUAGAAACAUGUUUCCGUGGUGUAAAAACUAUUGACAACAAAGCCAUCGAGGAUGCUUUUUUGGGUAGUCGGUGGGGUUUGGAUGAGUCUAUUGGUUUGAAAAUGGCUGUUUUGUAUUUCAUUCAGUGUUUUCUUCUUAGCAAUACUCCUGACAAAGAAGUGUCUAGGUUUGUUCUAGAUGUAGUUGAUAGCGGUCGGUGGGAUGAGUAUUGUUGGGGUAGGGAAUCAUUUGAAUUGACAAUUGACUCAUUCAAAGGUAGGAUUGAGCAUGGGAUCAUUAUGAAAAAUAGAAAGGCAGAGAAGGGAGGCCAAUAUGAUGGCUGGUAUAGGGCAUUGGGAUGUCCUUGGGUUUUUACUGUUUGGUUUUAUGAAUGCUGUCCUGCAAUGGUGAACUCUUUCUGUAAGAGAGUUUCAUCUUCUAUUCCCAGGAUUCUGAACUGGAGCAACACCAUCGUCACCAAAAAUCCAACCCUUCGAGACUUGAAGGGCAAGAUUUUUGAUUUACCUUUGGAGAAGUUGAAGAUAAAAAACAUGCGUCCUACUGAUGAAGAGAGGCAGCAGCUUCAACUUGACGGUCUAUUUCUCGAUGAAUCUAUUGAUGAACGUGGUGUAGCGAAGCAAUCCUUCGAGGGUGGCUCAUCUUCAAAGAAGUCUGAUUCAGCAGAUAUUGAUUGGAUGAAAUCUAAGCUGGAGAUGCUCAGUUCGAAUCAAUCAUCAUUGGCCGAGGACUUCAUUUCGUUGAGGUGUUUUGUUGAUUUUAAUUUCAAAUCCGUAAUGACUGUAAUUAAGGAUAUCCAAGAGAAGGUUAAUGCCAUUCAUCGUCGUCCUUCUGACGAGGGAAAGUCAUCGGAUGAAUUAGUAACUCAAGAUUCUGAUGAUGAUCCUGAUGAUGAUGAUGAUGAUGAUGAUGAUGCCGAGGAUGAUGACAAGCAAUUGCCUGAUCCAGAAAAUAUUGAUUCCGACUCCGACGAUGGUGGUGAGUUGGUUAAAGUUGGUGGGGAUGCUGAUGAUGCUGACAAGGCUGUUACUGCUGUCCCUUCUGCUGAUGUGAAUCCUUCUGAGGAUGUUGGAGGGAGUGAUAAAAAUGUUAAGGAUGUUGAGAAGCCGAAGGGCGAUGAGUCUCGAUUGAAGGGGGACGAUUUCUUUGAUGGAUUGAGCCAGCUUGUAAUAGAUGAUGAUCAAGUUGUGUUGGCUGGCUUGGAGGCUGUUGCUAAAAUCAAUGUCCCCGCACCCAAUCCAGAUGUUGUUGGUGAAAAGUCAGAUGCCCUUCAUACUGAUGAAGAAACUGAGGAUACUGUCUCUGAUACACCUCUGUUGGAUAAGAGGAAGCGUGCUCCGGCCUUGAAAUCUCCAUUUGUUGAUUUCGGGUCUGCUGAUGUCGGGAGCACUCCAAUGGAGCUUAUGUCCUCAGGUUCUCAGUCUGCUGGGGAUGAUAGGGAUUUCAAAAUGGUGACUUAUGUGAAGGGCCUUUAUGCUCUUAAUGAUGCUUUUGCUGAUCCCGUAUCUACCGAGAUUGAGGCAAAAUUUGACUCUUGGAUUGGUGAAGGAUUGCUUAAACAUCCCAGGCAUUAUAAUUGUUAUGAAGACGGCGCAAAGAAAUUUACCCCGGGUUUUAGGCUAGGUGUUGAUUAUGUUGAGGAUAAAACUUGGUUUUACCAUUUGGCCACAUGCGACAUGUUUAUGAACGACUCGCAUAUGAACACCAUAUUCUAUUACCUUCGGAAAAAAGGUAAGUAUUCUUCCGCUGUGACGUUGAAUUUCGCAACCACUGAUUGUCUUUUUGAUGAUUCCAUCCAAGCAUUGUACCACAAAUUUAACAAGGCCAAGUCAAUGAAGACUAAGAUGUCACACAUUCACGCUGCCCACCCAAUUGCGCAUUACAUCCGAGGUAUGCGCAUUCCCUGUUCCAAGCCUUGGUAUGAAGCCGAUCACGUGCUUUUCAUCAUCAAUUUAAGAAGGGAAAGUCAUUGGGUUUUUGGGCGUCUUGACGUGCACGAAAGGACGUUAUUUCUGUACAAUUCUUUGAGAACCGCGAAGAUGAAUGCCGCAGCUAGGAAUGCGAUGAAGGCUUAUUCCGUGUUGCUGCCUUUGUUUUUCGAUUUACUUGGGUUCUGGAAGAAUAGAGCACAAGUUCCUGCCUCAGUUUCUGACCCUACAGCUCCAUUCAGAAUCGUGGAGCUUAGUGGUCUUGCGUCUCAGCAGAAGAAGUGAGUGUUUCUUUUAAGUUUCUUUUAUGUUGUUUUUUAGUUUCUAAUCUGUUUAUUUUUUCUCUAUGUUUUUUAACGGUUGAUUGUGGAGCAUAUGUUGCUGCCUUUGCUGAAUUCUUUAUACACGGAAAGGAUGUCCCUGCAGACUUUGACAUCGAAGUUUAUCGAACCCGACUUGCUUCACUUUUCUACUCGUACGGACAAAGGAAAAUUGACGAAAGUAUUGACAGCGAGGAUGAGAAGCAAUCCAAGUCUUCUAAGGCAUCUAAAUUGAAGAAAUAGGAACUUUUAAUUUGGUGGCUCUAUUAUGUUAUUUGUUGAAUCUAUUUACUUGACAAGUUUUAGUGUUGUUGUGUGUUUAAAACUAUGUAGCUGGUUUAAAACUUUUAGGAUAUUUGACAUUCACUCCUUAUAAUAUCUUUAUUGUAUAGGUUUGUAUUUCCCAAAGUUGUGUGUUUUUUUAAUUGUUCAAGUUCUUAUAUACGGUCGCACAACUAUGGAGAAACUAUUAACCAACUAAAUACAAACUAUGUUUUCAUUUUUCCUAAAUAGUGCUAUGAAUGUAUAUUUAUUCUUCGUA